AUGGCAUCGUACGUCUUCUCCCUCUCUCCCUCUCUCUCUCUCUCUCUUCCUCUCCGCGCUUCUCUCUCUCCCUCUCUCUCUCCUCUCGUUGUCAUGUCCCUUUGUGUGACGCGCGCGCUCUCGCUCCUCUCUCUCCUCUCCCUCCUCUCUCUCUCUCUUCCUCUCGCUCUCUCUCCUCUCUCUCUCUCUCUCCUCUCUCGCUCUGUCUCUGCCUCGGAUGAUUCAGACUACUCGUUCCCUUCGCGCAAGCCCGCGGAGAUGGCCCUUUAUGCCACCAUCGAGGACGUCAACCAGGAAGCUGCCGCCCUCUCCAGUCUCAACGAUGUGGUCGAUAACUCGCUCGCUCCCAAGAUGGGCUCUCUGCAAAUGGCCCAGGAACAAGAGUUUGAACGCCUUCGUCUGGAAGCCCUCGCGGCGCGCAAUGCCAACGAACCUGCCAAGUUUGUCAAGGUCGAUGAACCCUCGCGCUCCUCCACAAGCCCCACCGAGGAUCAGCGACAGCAGCUGCUUCGCCAAGCCCAGCAGCAGGCCGAGACAAAGCCCGCCCCGCCCACCGCGUCGAGCAGCAGUGGGCCCACAGAAGAGGAUCGCCGACGCCUCCUGGAACAAGCCAUGAGCCAGGCCAAGGCUGCCCCCGCUGGCGGUAGUGGCAAGGGUCCCAGCCUUGAAGAGCGCCAGCGUCUCGCCAUGGCCGCCAUGAACCAAGAACGUCGCUCCACCCUUGAUCGCCGCGGUACCGGCACCGGCUCCGGCAAGGGCCCUAGCCUCGAGGAUCGCCAGCGUCUCGCCAUGGCUGCCAUGCAGCAGGCCCAGACCAGCACCAUGUCUCGCAGUGGGAAUGGCCCCAGCCUGGAAGAGCGCCAGCGCCUCGCCAUGGCUGCCAUGCAGCGCGAAACAAGCCAGUAACGCCUAUCCGAGCACCGGCAUCCCCUUGCCUAAUCGACUUGCCCGCAAGCCCUGCUUCACGGUGGUGGAUUGGCCUUUCGAAAUCUCUUACGACGGUUUUGCAAUGCCACUUCAUGCCCCUGCUCACCCCGUAUAUUCUUUUCCGUAUAUUUUUGUUUCUUGUUCCUCUUCUCGCUAACCCGUUUGAACGCCAUGAAUUGACCCCUUCUG